AUGGAGGUAAGCGUGGAAAAUGCAUCACUUGGAAGGAGUGUGCGAGGAGCUGUUUUAUAUUUGCAUAGCGUGGGGAAUUAGGGCUGACUCCUUCCUUUGUUUGGUGGGUCCCCAGUAUUGAUUUUAUUGUUUGUAUUUUGCUUUUCGAUGCAGAAGGGAAUAGGAAGCGGCUGCACUUUGCAUCCCUUUAUGUACUUGGGAAGAGAGGGAAAUGGUAAGAAAAGACCAAAUGUGACCUCUAAAAAUGGCGGAGGAGGGGGGAGGUGGUGUGGAUAGAGAAAAGAAAAAAAGAGAUAAACGUUCAGACCGCUUUAAUUCCUGGAGGAGCUUUCUUUUUCUUCUUCUUCUUCGUUUGUUUUGAAAAAAACCAGCCCUUAAAGGUGCCUUGCAUGCAUGUGAUCUCAGCGCACUUCUGUUUGUUGUUAAAGGAACGGGACAGUUCCAAGUAGUGGGGGGUUAAUUUUGCAAUUUGUUUGUAUUAUUGUUGUAUUAUUUUAUUGUUGUUAGCUGCCCUGAGCCCGGCUUCGGCUGGGGAGGGCAGGAUAUAAAUAAAAAUUUAUUAUUAUUAUUUAUUAUUGUUUAGAUAUCACAAAUGGGGCUUUUUUAAAAAAAGCAACAACAACGAGUUAUUGGAUUUUAUUAGGAAACGGCAAAUCUGGAUUAAAUGGGAGGUGGGUGGGAGAGAAAUAUAAAAUAGUGCUUUUAAUAUGAGCAGUGCCACAUAGAUACUGUGGGGAAUUUGCAUGUGGAAGAGGUAGAGCAUCGAUCUCACAACACACACCUGGCCGGAAAGCCACCCUGAUGUUCUGAACCUGGACAGAACCUCGUAUAUUCAAGUGCUGAUGCCCUAAAUCUACUCUCUUAACACAGCUGGUGGCUGUGUUUGCUCAUAAUUGCAAUGCUUUCAAGCUGGGCAAGGGGGACCUUUUCUCUCUAGGGGGUGAGAUAAAGAUCUUCCUCAGGGGCAACCUUUGACAGAUGGGCGGGGCAACCCACCUGUCAAUCACAUGACAUGUCCUGCUCACCUGUCAAAAGCCACCUGCGGGCCUUGCAGAAGUGACCCUAGUGUUGUAGUCUAUUCUACCACUGGCAUUGUGCUGUGUGGAAAGACUGCUCCACCUGCAGCCUGAAGUGGCACAUUCCAGACGCAACUUUUUUUUAAUCAAGGGCCGGGACAGGAGGGGAGUCGUGGAUGUGGGAAGAUGGGGAGAGUCUGGGCUGAGUCAGUGAGGCAAGGUGCCUUCUGGGCCAGCUGCUUCCUGUUCCAGGUCUGCGCCCUGUUGUUGUUUACUCAUUUAGUCGUGUCCAACUCUUCUUGACCCCAUGGACCAGAGCAUGCCAGGCACUCCUGUCUUCCACUGCCUCCCGCAGUUUGGUCAAACUCAUGCUGGUAGCUUCGAGAACACUGUCCCACCAUCUCGUCCUCUAGUCCCCUUCUCCUUGUGCCCUCCAUCUUUCCCAACAUCACGGUCUUUUCCAGGGAGUCUUCUCUUCUCACGAGGUGGCCAAAGUAUUGGAGCCUCAGCUUCAGGAUCUGUCCUUCCAGUGAGCACUCAGGGCUGAUUUCCUUAAGAAUGGAUAGGUUUGAUCUUCUUGCAGUCCAUGGGACUCUCAAGAGUCUCCUCCAGCACCAUAAUUCAAAAGCAUCAAUUCUUUGGUGAUCAGCCUUCUUUAUGGUCCAGCUCUCACUUCCAUACAUCACUACUGGGAAAACAAUAGCUUUUACUAUACGGAACUUUGUUGGCAAGGUGAUGUCUCUACUCUUGAAAACAUUUGUGGGAAAUGAGAUGAGGGUCUCUCUAUCUUCGCAGGGGCCGGUGGUGACCUUUGAAGAUGUGGCUGUAUAUUUCACGGAGAGCCAGGGGGUUCUGCUGGAUCCCGACCAAAGGGCCCUCUACAGGGAUGUCAUGAUGGAGAAUUAUGGGAAUGUGGCCUCGCUGGGUAAGGAUUCUGGUGCAUCAUUCCCCAAGAAGCCUCGAAAUCCACCUGCCCAUCUCUGCAUGUUUGAAAUGAUGCGUAUCUAUGGCACACUUGGUUUCUUCACUGGGCCUUUUCUCUAAAAAAAUUCAGGGUGAGUUGCUCGAUAGACUUCCCUGUUCAUAACAGGCUGAGGCAGACCAGGCUGAGAGAAGACCUAGGCAUACUAGAACCAUCAUUCAUGCAACUGCCUCAUGCAUGCAUUCAUUCAUUCAUUGAAUCUCUCUCUCUCUCUCUCUCUCUCUCUCUCUCUCUCUCUCUCUCACACACACACACACACACACACUCUCACACAGUGGUACCUUAGGUUAAGAACUUAAUUCGUUCUGGAGGUCCGUUCUUAACCUGAAACUGUUCUUAACCUGAGGUACCACUUUAGCUAAUGGGGCCUCCCGCUGCUGCCGCAAGAUUUCUGUUCUCAUCCUGAAGCAAAGUUAUUAACCCGAGGUACUAUUUCUGGGUUAGCGGAGUCUGCAAUUUGAAGCAUCUGUAACCCGAGGUAUCACUCUGUGUGUGUGUGUGUGUGUGUGUGUGUAUAUAUACACACACACACACACACACACACACACACACACACACACACACACACACACACACACAGUCGUACCUUGGAAGCCCAACGGAAUCCGUUUCAGAAGUCCGUUCAACUUCCAAAGCGUUUGACUUCCAAAGCGCGGCUUCUGAUUGGCUGCAGGAACAAUCACUGGAACAAUCAAAAACUGGAACAAUCACUUCCGAGUUUCAAUCGAGCUGAAACGUUCAGGUUCAAGGUCAAAGGCGUUUGGCUUCCAAGGUUCCACUGUAUUAUAUAACUCCAACAUUAAAGGAAGAAAUUAACAAACAAUUGGAAGCUUUCUUUAAGCUCCCAAUUGUUCUUUUGCAGCUGCAGUUUUAACUAACAUUGUGUCUCAUUGGUGUGGUCUGGGGGCAAUGGCCACAGGGUCCAAUUUAAGACUCUUGCCAGACCUAGUGGACAAGGAGGUUCUCCCCCAAUUGUAAAGAUAUCAGGAUAUGUGUGAUAGUUGUGUGGUUCCCUCUUUGGGGGUUUGGAUGUGUUUCACCACAUCUCCUGUGACUUUCUCUGCUGUUUUCUUCCCUGGGUAGGAUUUCCAUUCACCAAACCUGAGCUCAUCUCCCACCUGGAACGAGGGGAAGAACCGUGGGUGCCAAAUUGUCGGGGUUUGAAUGAAGUUGAGAACUCCAACGCCAGCUCAGGUGAGGGGUCAGGGGAAGCCAACCAUCCCCAAACUCUUUCGUGAUUUCUUGGGACUCUUCUCAGUAAAAAUUUCCUGGGAUACCUCAAGUCAUGGUUCUAGAAUAGGCAAAUGGGCAGUUGUUGUUUAGUUGUUUAGUUGUUUAGUCAUGUCCGACUCCUCGUGACCCCAUGGACCAGAGCACGCCAGGCACUCCUGUCUUCCACUGCCUCCCGCAGUUUGGUCAAACUCAUGCUGGUAGCUUCGAGAACACUGUCCAACCAUCUCGUCCUCUGCCGUCCCCUUCUCCUUGUGCCCUCCAUCUUUCCCAACAUCAGGGUCUUUUCCAGGGAGUCUUCUCUUCUCAUGAGGUGGCCAAAGUAUUGGAGCCUCAGCUUCACGAUCUGUCCUUCCAGGGAGCACUCAGGGCUGAUUUCCUUCAGAAUAGAGAGGUUUGAUCUUCUUGCAGUCCGUGGGACUCUCAAGAGUCUCUCAAGACUGCCUUGCCAUGGCGAAGGGGCUUGAAUAACUCAGAGAAGCUAUGAGUUAUGCCGUGCAGGGCCACCCAAGAUGGACAGGUCAUAGAGGAGAGUUUUGACCAAACGUGAUCCACCUGGAGCAGGAACCGGCAAGCCACUCCAGUAUCCCUGCCAAGAAAACUCCAUGGACAAAUGGGCAGUUAAGAUGCAUUAAACCGGUGUUUCCCAAACUUGGUUCUCCUGCUGUUUUUGUACUACAAAUCCCAUCAUCCCUGACCACUGGUCUUGCUCGCUAGGUGAUGAUGGGAGUUGUAGUCCAAAAACAGCUGGAGACCCAAGUUUGGGAAACACUGUAUUAAACCAACGGCUGCUGAAGACCUUAGCUCCCAAAUUCAUGUGACAAUAAAAUUUUUCUUUGUUUUUCUAUUUUCCCGGCUUGCCCCUGGCAGAGCUACAGCUCCCAGCACCCUUAUACUAGAGCUCCCAGGAUUCUUUGGUGGACGCCAUGCUGUGUAAAUGUGUGAUGGGGAUGACGGGAUGAAAGAGGGAGGUGUUUUCAUGCCGCUUCGUUACUUGAUAUUUCAGUAGCACCACAUUCUUAAUGGUUCAGUUUCCCCUUUCAACCUUUUUCCCAGGUUUCCAGCUUUUCCUUCCUCCAGAAUAAAUCCUAUUUCUUUUUAUAUAUAUAUAUAAUUUUUGUUGAUUUUAACAUAUAAAUUAUAAAGUGUACCACAAAACUUUUCACUUAUACAAUCUUUUUAGACUUCCAUCAGCACCUCUGAUGAUCCACCAUUUUAACCACUUCUUAUGCAUUUCUUAACUUUAUAUUGCCUUUACAUCUCUUAACAAAUCAUCCUUCCCCUUCUCCAUUUUUGCAAUACUUCCAAUAAUACUCCUCACAAAACUUCUUGCAAACCUACAAACGUCGUCUGAUCUUCACAAGUACUUUUCAAAUAGUCCGUAAAUUUACUCCAGUCUUCCAUGAAUUUCUGGUCCCGCCGGUUUCGAAUCCUUCCUGUUAGUUUAUCUAGUUCUGCAUAGUCCAUUAGUUUCAUCCUCCAUUCUUCAAUCGUCGGUAAUUCUUCUUGCUUCCAUUUUUGGGCCAAUAAUAUUCUUGCUGCUGUUAUUGCAUAUAAAAAGAGCUUACAUUCCUUUCUAUUUAUAUCCCUCCCAACAAUGCCCAGUAAAAAUGCUUCUGGUUUCUUUAUAAAUGUAUAUUUCAACAUUUUUUUCAUCUCAUUAUAUAUCAUCUCCCAGAAGCUUUUCACCUUUUUACAUUCCCACCACAUGUGAUAAAAUGUUCCCUCUUUUUCUUUACAUUUCCAACAUUUAUUACUAACUUUAUACAUUUUCGCUAACUUUACAGGUGUAAUAUACCAUCUAUACAUCAUUUUCAUCACAUUUUCUUUUAGGGCAUUGCAUGCAGUAAAUUUUAAACCUUCUUUCCAUAAUUUUACCCAGUCACUCAGCUGUAUAUUAUACCCAAAAUCCUUGGCCCAAUGAAUCAUGACCGAUUUAACCUCCUAGAAUAAAUCCUAUUUCUAUCUGCCUUUUGCCCCAGCAGAUGAGCGCAGGGGAAAUCACCCACAUGCCACUCUGGAGGGAUAUCUUGUUCAGAAUUCAAGCGUUGCCAGAUGUCAGGAUUUCCGUACAGGAAAGAAAGCCCAUGAAUGUUUGGAGUGUGGGAAGUGCUUUGCUGAGAAAUCAAAGUUCACGAUCCACCAGAGAGUCCACACGGGAGAGAAGCCCUACAAGUGCUCCGAGUGCGGGAAGCGCUGUGCCACCAAAUCAAACCUCACCAGCCACCGGAAAAUCCACACGGGAGAGAAGCCCUAUGGCUGCGCGGAGUGCGGGAAGCGUUUUUCUCACAAAUCCUAUUUCGUGAUCCACCAGACAGCCCACACAGGCAGGUACCCGUAUAAGUGUGCCGUGUGCGGGAGGUGCUUUGUCCAGAAAUCAAAACUCGCCGAUCACCAGCGGGUCCACACGGGAGAGAAACCCUAUAAAUGUUUAGAUUGCGGGAAGUGUUUCGCUUGGAAAUCUCAGGUCGGGGAGCACCGGAGGAGUCACACCGGAGAGAAGCCCUUCGUGUGCGCCGAAUGCGGGAAGCGCUUUUCUCACAAGUCAGUGCUGGUCACCCACCAAAAGGUGCACACGAGAGAGUACCCCUACAAGUGCUUGGAGUGCGGGAAAUGCUUUGCUUAUUCCACAGCCUUUGUGACGCACAGGAGAAUCCACCCAGGGGAGAAGCCUCACAAAUGCGCGGAGUGCGGGAAAUGUUUUACGUGGAAGUCGCAGCUCGGGAACCACCAGCGAGUUCACACUGGGGAGAAACCUUUUCAGUGUUUAGGUUGCGGGAAGCUUUUCGCUCGCAAGUCGGAACUGGCGAACCACCAGAGGGUGCACACGAAGGAGAAACCCUUCCGGUGCGCGGAGUGCGAGAAAUGCUUCGCUUAUUCCUCUGCGCUCGCCACGCACCGCAGAGUCCACACGGGAGAAAAACCCUUCGCGUGCGCAGAGUGCGGGAAACGUUUUGCCCGCAGAUCGAUCUUUGCGAGGCAUCAGAGAUCCCACACGAGGGAGAAGCCCUUUACGUGUUCAGACUGCGGGAAAAGUUUUGCCGAUUCUUCCACGUUUGCUACUCACCGCAGAGUCCACACGGGAGAGAAACCCUACAAGUGCGCGGAUUGCGGGAAGUCUUUCGCUCACAACUCCACGUUCGCGACGCACAGGAGAAUCCACACAAAGGAGAAGCCCUACGUUUGUUUGGAGUGCGGGAAGUGCUUUGCCGACUCCUCGACGUUUGCGAAACACCGGCGAGUUCACACGGGAGAGACGACCCACAAACGCUUGGACUAUCGGUGCUCGGAGUGCGGGAAAGGCUUCGCUUCCAAACCGCAGUUCGAGAGACACCAGCGAGUCCACACGGGAGAAAAGCCCUUCAAAUGUCUGGAGUGUGGGAAGUGUUUUGCUGAUCCCUCCACCCUGGCAAAACACCAGAGAGUUCACCCGGGCGAGAGGACCCACAAAUGCUUGAAAUGCCAUAAAUGCUUUGUUCAAAGUUCAGACCUUAUGAGGCACCAGAGGACCUGUGCGGCCGACAAACCUUAUACGUGUUUGAUGUGUGGCGAAUGUUUCCCGUCGACGUCAGCCCUCAUCUGCCACGAGAGAGCCCACGUGGAUGAGAAUUAUUAUGACUCUUCCAAGCCUUUUCCCAUACAAUAG